CUACUAUAUAACAAAUAAUUUGAGAUUAGUAUGUCCACUGCAGGCCAAGUCAUAAAAUGCAGGGCUGCUGUAGCCUGGGCUGCCAAAGAACCCCUGGCGAUGGAAGAGAUCGAAGUACAUCCACCAAAAGCUGGAGAAGUGAGGAUCAAGAUAGAGUUCACGGGUGUCUGUCACACUGAUGCAUACACCCUGGGUGGAUCCGAUCCAGAGGGUCUCUUCCCAGUUGUGCUGGGACACGAGGGAGCAGGAAUCGUUGAAAGUGUGGGUGAGGGUGUUACCUCUGUUGCGCCUGGUGACAAAGUCAUCCCUUGUUACAUCCCCCAGUGUUACGAGUGUGAGUACUGCGUGAGGAAGGACACUAACGUCUGCUCGAAGAUCCGAAAUACUCAGGGUAAAGGUCUCAUGCCUGAUGGGACCUCUAGAUUGAGGUGCAAAGGAAAAGAGCUGUUCCACUUCAUGGGUACUAGCACAUUUGCUGAGUACUGCGUUGUAGCAGAGAUAAGUUGUGCUAAGGUUAACCCAGCAGCUAGUACAGAAGCUAUCUGUCUUCUGGGAUGUGGAAUUUCAACUGGUUACGGUGCUGCACUCAACACAGCAAAGGUUCAACCUGGAAGUACCUGUGCUGUUUGGGGAAUGGGAGCUGUUGGGUUAGCAGUGCUGAUGGGAUGUAAAGCUGCUGGGGCAACUAAACUCAUUGCUAUUGAUCUGAACCCAGAGAAGGAGAAAGCUGCAAGGGAGUUUGGAGCAACAGAGUUCAUCAAUCCUAAAGAUCUACCAGGUGAACUGAGCAUAGAUGGACUUGUGGCAGUGUCAAGGGAAGGAAAAGGUUGCAAGCAGCGGCUGAAAGCGAAGAAAGAGUUGAGAAAUAUCAAGCUGAAACGAGGGGAGAAAAUCGUUCCGCACUGGAAGAGCUCAAAGUGCAGGAGAAAAAGAAUUAAUAAAAGAGGUGUUCGAAGUGGGCGAUUCGGAUUUGGAGGAAAACGAGAGCGAGGAAUGAUCAGACGCGGAUAA